UAUUCAAGUUAAACUAGAAAGGAUACUUUGUAUUUCAGAGAAAGCUAAUCUAAUAAUGGACUUUAAGAAAAUGAACUAGAUAAAAUACUUUUUCUAUCUAGUUGCAAGUUUAUUGAUGUGGAACAAAUAAAAAUCUUUUAUCUGAUAUAUUUUUGACUUAGUGGCAUGUGACAGAUAACCUAAGUGGAUUUAACUUGUAAUUAAAACAGUGGAAAGAGGAGACUUUUGGAUAUUAUUGAGUGAAUCAAGUGCAAAAUGCAACAGAUAUUAAAUGCCAGUCCUUUUAUUGAUAAAUUAAAGCAUUUUCAACAAGUAUUAUCAUAUAGAAUUCAACUGACAACAUCACAAAAGGUUAUGCUAUGGAGCUUAGGAGUGGUUGGGACAAGUGCAAUGGUGGUAGGCAUCCUUUCAAGAUAUCUUGCAAGAAGGCGUGCAAAACCAAUUUUUAAUCCAAGGAUACAAAGGGCAAUAAACAAGAGACUGUCAAGGAUGAGAAGUCCAAAUGGAGGUAUGGGAUCUGUUGCAAGCAGUGGGGGCCGAAGUAGUCCACUUGGCUUCAGUGAGAGGCUUUCAAUGGCAUCUGGGUCUAUUGGUUCUGGUGGAGAUGCUGCAUCUCUUUCUCCACAGCAGCUUGGAGUAAUGGGUAUGGAGGCGUUGGAAACGAGCAUCAACUACUGGGAGGACGCGCUGGCCGCGUUCAGCGCGGGCGCGCGCGGCGGCGUGUCGGGCACGCUCGCGCUCACGUCGCCCGAGGAGGCCGAGUUCUGCAGGGAGAUACAGGACCUCCUGCAGAACGCUUAUCUCUUGCAGGAGAGAUGCGAGCUGCUCUUCUUAGAUCAGCGAUCAGUACUCUUUAGAUCUGAAAGUGGCGGCCCGGGGGGAGACGGUUCCGUGGGGCGACGCACGCGCCUGCUCUCCUCGCACACUACGUCGGAGCACACGAGGAAGGAACACCACUCUAGUGCGGAAUCGUUUGCUUCAGCUGAAGAUCAGGUGGGAGAUUUAAGAGAAUUUGACGAUUUAGCAGAAUCCGUAGCCGAAAUAGAAAAUUAUGAAUUAUAUCAAACGGCUGUCAAACAGCUCGAAGGUGGAAUACCUUACAGGACGCUCCGCACGGAGGUGGUGGGCUGCGGCUCGGACGCGGAGUUCCUGUGCAAGCUGUGGUGCCUGCGCGCCGGCUUCCAGGUCGCGCUGCGCGACGGCGGCGCGCGCGCGUGGUUCGUGGACGCCGGCCGGCAGGUGCUCACCGACCUGCUGCUCUUCGCGGACAAGGAACCGAAGGAAUUUUUAGUUGCAUACGAAGAAAUGGUGUCGUGGACGAGCGACAUCGCAAAUUGGCAUACAAUUGAAAGCGAACUCAGGAGUAAAGGUGUCAAGGUGGUGUCGUUCUACGACGUGGUGCUGGACUACAUCCUGCUGGACGCGUUCGAGGACCUGGCGGCGCCGCCCGCCUCCGUGCUGGCCGUCGUGCGCAACCGCUGGCUCUCCGACGGGUUCAAGGAGAGCGCGCUAACGACGGCCGUUUGGUCGGUGAUAAAAGCGAAGAGACGGUAUCUUCAGUACCCGGACGGCUUCAUGUCGCACUUCUACUCCAUAUCCGAGCAUUUGCUGCCGGUACUCGUCUGGGGAUUCCUCGGACCUCGCGAGCGACUGAAAGUCGUUUGCGAGACUUUCCAAGCGGAAAUCGUCGGCUUCAUUUCAGAUCUAUUCAGCUUCCAGAAGUGUCGAUACACGAACGUCGAGGACCUGGCGGUGGACAUCAUGCUCAACGCGCGCGCGAGGGCCGCCAGCAUCACGGACAAGCUGGCCGAGCGGAACUGAACCACCCGGCGCUACUGCCCAACCGCCUAUAAUCCCUGUAUUAUUUCGUUUACAAAACCCAGUAGAUAUUGUCUACGUUUGGGGCAAUCGCUUGCUAACGAUAUAAUAAUGGAUUUUUGACGCAUCAAAAUAGUUUAGCGCGUUUCACUCACUACACAUGUUGGACAACAUUAAAGAUUAUAAAUAUAUAUAUCGUCGUUCGGCAUUCAGAAGCGCGAAUGUGAAAAUAUCAGAUAUUUUUUUCUUCUUUUAUCGAUAGUAUUUAUCUAAAUAAUAAAUAAGAAAUAAAAUUCAGUAUUUUCAGAUUCGCGCUUCUGAAUGCCUAACAACUAUAUUAUAUUAUGUUUAAAGCUCAAAAAUACCGGCCGCGCUUCCUACCUGCAUUUUGUCUACUUAACCUAACAAAAGGCAUCAUUAAUCAUUUUUGGUGCCACACAUAUGGUUCAGUUGAACGCCAAUCUUACUAAUAACGUUAGCAGCUACCGUGCAGGUGGAGCAGAAGUAUGAACUGAAAUUUGACAGCACAGAAAAAAUGCCACCUCCUUCUCUUGUAACUAUGGCUACGAGUAUUCUAGUUCUGUCAAAUACGUUUAGAUAUUGUAUAUAUAAGAAUUAAAGGCAAUAUUUAAAAAAGUAAUUUCCCCUCAGCCUAAAGUACAUUAGAUGCAAUAUAGCUAUCCAAUUAUAUUUCACUGCUAGAAUUCUUUGAAUAAUUUAAUUAAAGCUAAGACAAUAGUAUUCAUAUUAAUCGCAAUAAAAUGACAUUCCGGAUGCAAUUAAUUAAUGCUUAUAAUAAACCCUCGUAUCGAUGUUAGUUGAUCGAAUGACGUAAUUUGAAUGGGAAUAAUUGUAAUUGCAUUUAUUUGUAAGAUAAAGUGACUUUCAUAUCCAGUGAAGUAUUUAUAAAAUCAAUUGCAUUUGCAAUAUUCAAUUCUAGUUUAAAAUCGUAAUGGAAAAAAUAACCUGCCUGCAUGCAUCAUUAUAAAAAAUAAUGUGCCAUUGUGAAAAUAUUUAUCCACAUUGUAAUAUUGAAGAACAAAUUAAAAUUAUUAUUAACAUUAGAAAAAUGUAUCAAGAUGAGUAUCAAUUUUACGAUGAUCUAUGUCGUGGUUAAGUAAUUCUAAGCUUAUUAGAUGUUGUUUGUAUCAAUGCAAGCAUUAGGAUAGGUGUAGUGCAAAUAUUAUAAAUAUUCGCUCCUAAUUCAGGCUUUACAACCGAGCGCUCUUUAAAAACAAUAGCAAAUUAUAAGUGUUACAAAAAUAUAUAGAGCUAAAAAUACCAUAAGUAUCAAAGUAAUCACUGAAAUUUAAACUUUUAUUUAUAUUUCAUUAUCAUUAGCAAAUUUUUGUCUUUAUUUCUUUUUAAGGAAAUAUUUACUUGAAAUGUCCGAUAUAUAUUUAAUAUUCUCUCUUUAACUGCGAGUAAGUGGCUGUGAAUAAACAUAGACCGUUAAUGUACUAUUUAAACAUUCUCUCGUGUAUUUUUGCUUCUCCAGGCAGGGAUAGUCCUCCUAGGAUAUCCUAAUGCAGAGUCCUUAUUUUAAAACCCAAAAUAGCAAUCAAUUAACCUAAAUUUUAUUUACCGAAGUUAAGAAAAAAAUAUCCUAUUUGCUGCAAUUUCAGAGAGGAUAAUUUUAUUUUUAUAUAUUUUUUUGUUACUGCGAAUGUUUUAAGUAAGCUAUAAAUUAUAUUGUUGUAUAAUAAUCCUAGGUUGAAAUGGUUUUAAUAAUUUAUUACACUAAAAUAGCAUUUCUUCAUGUAUGUACUUACCAGCUCCCAUAGGGAAGAAUAAUAUUGAAAUUUAGCUCAAUACUUGACUGCAGAAAUGUGAAUG